GAACAUUCUUUCAAUGAGCUGGACACCUGUUGACUCGCGCGAGCAAAACAGAGCUGUAGCCUACAUGAAACGCGUGCAUUUGACAUCACAGGCAUCCUUCACCGGACGGUGGUCGUACACAGACAUAAAGGCUUGUUGUGUAAGUAAUUGAGCGCUUUAGAGUAGCGGUGUGUAAAUACGUGAUAAGGGGGCAGCGGUUUGUGUUAUGUUCAGUAAGACAUUCUUAUGCGGAUUGGGGCAAGGGAGCUUUACUUAAUUACGUGCAAGCUUUUUCACGUGAAAUGCUCCUUUAUAAGUGGGUUCCGUUAGGUUAGAUGCACAUCUUAAAGCGAGCGGACAGUAGCGAGUAAGUGGGUCUGAUUUUAGCACUUUAUUUGUAUGAAAAAUCGCAUUCAAGAUGGUGUCUUCUUACCCUUUACCGGAUGGCUUCUCGGACAUUGAUGUGUUCUCUUUGGGAUCUUGUCUGCUCGUGGAGGGUCUUCUGGGAUUCUUCCUGAAUGCUGUGACAGUCGCUGCUUUCAUCAAAAUAAGAGAACUGAGAACCCCCAGCAAUUUCCUAGUCUUUAGCUUGGCAUUGGCCGAUAUGGGCAUCUCCGCGAAUGCAACCAUUGCCGCUUUCUCCAGCUUUCUGAGGUACUGGCCCUAUGGCUCUGAUGGCUGCCAGACUCAUGGUUUCCAGGGUUUCGUGACAGCUCUCGCCAGCAUCCACUUCAUUGCUGCCAUCGCAUGGGACAGAUACCACCAGUACUGCACAAGGACAAAGCUACAGUGGAGCAGUGCCAUCACUCUGACUAUCUUCAUCUGGCUGUUCACCGCCUUCUGGUCCGCCAUGCCCCUCAUCGGCUGGGGAGAGUAUGACUACGAACCCCUCAGAACCUGCUGUACCCUGGACUACAGCAAAGGAGACAGGAACUAUGUGUCCUACUUGAUCCCCAUGGCCAUAUUCAACAUGGCCGUCCAGACUUUUGUUGUCAUGUCCUCCUACAAUUCCAUCGGCCAGAAAUUCAAGAAGACCGGAAACCCCAGGUUCAACACUGCCACUCCCCUGAAGACAUUUUUGUUCUGCUGGGGACCCUAUGGAGUCCUGACCUUUUACGCUGCUGUUAAGAAUGCCAACCUGGUCUCUCCCAAGAUAAGGAUGCUGGCUCCUAUUCUGGCAAAGACCUCUCCCACGUUCAACGUUUUCCUGUACGCCCUGGGCAAUGAGAACUACAGAGGAGGCAUCUGGCAAUUCCUCACUGGGGAAAAGAUUGAAGUGCCUAAAAUUGAAAACAAGUCCAAAUGAACUAAGCAUGCGAUAAUCACACACACACAAACUAUCCUUGUGGUUUUCUGACAGGUACGAACUUGUCGUGGAUUCGUUCAUGUCAAUGGACUUGGACUUCUCUUUAUUGUGUUUGUAUGUUUGUGUGUGUCUGCGUGUGUGUGUGCAUGUGUGUAAGUUACAUUUUAGUCAGGGGUUAACGUGGAGUGAUGUGUUUGUUGUUACAUUGGGAUGUAUUUUAUGUUCACACUCUAGUUUAGGAUGGGCUGUUUGUAGUAGACAUGCCAUACCCACGGCUCCUUUGUUGUCCAAUGUUGUGAAAAUGUUAAGCUUUAAAUGAUAAGCAGUUGUUACAGUUAUUACAUUUCAAGCCUAUUGUCAGACUGAGGCAAAAAAUAUAUUAUUAGAAAUUAGAUAUUAAUAUUUGAUAUUAUUAGAUAAAUGAUGAAUUCCUGUCCAGCUAAAAUAGCCUAGAACAUAUUUAAUCUCCAUGGACUGAAAAAGAUCAUUUGGUAACACUUUACUUAAGUCUGCAGGUAUAAUGAGUCAUUCCCGUCCAGCGUAAAUAGCCUAGAACGUAUUUCCUCUCCAUGGAAUAAAAUAGAUUGGUGUAAUGCUUAAUCACUUGUUAUGAGCAUGUACAAGCCUUUAUGAUGUCUUAUUAUAAGACUUAUAAUACAUUAUGUCUCUGUUAUUUAGUAUUAUGAGAUGGUAAUAAGACAUAAUCAGUGCUUGACUUUCUAUAAGAGUUGAAGGAACUCAAGCAGUAAAACAUUUGAGGUGCCGGUACUCAACUCCGGUGAGCUCCGGCCCAAGUCAAGCACUGAUUAUAAUGGGUCAUACUGUACAUGCGUAUAACAACUCUUGCUCUAACAAUACAUUAUAACCACAUCAAAAUGCAUCAUACUUGCUGGCUUUAAGCGUAUUGUUACCAAUCUUUUUAUUAAUCAAACAUGAUACUACAUUGCAUUCCUUUGAAGCUGGAUAAGUUAAUGGAAAGAUUAGAAAUUGCCAGAUAGAAAUCCCUUAUUAGCUCUAGUCCCAAUGUAAGCUAUUUAAUGGUCAUCCAUAGAUUGGGCAUUCCAAUCUGGCUUUGUAGGCUUUAAUCCUACAAACAAUGGUGUUUUUCAUGAAAACACAUCCCAUCAGCCAGCCGAUAUUAUAGGAAAGAAAGAGAUUUAUUGUACGUGCUCUUCUCACCUCCAGGCUUAGCUUCAAAGCCAGAAAUAAAAAAUGGUCUACUUUUUCA